UCUUUGAACUUCAAUAAUGUCAAGGCCUUCACCUUUAACCUAUUGCAAUAAAGUGGAAUCAAGGAGCCCCUUUUGUCAGGAAACGUGGUGAACAGAACAGAUCCAAUCAGUGCAAGUGGGAAAGAAUCAAGGAAUGUCUAAGAAGCAACACUUUGACCUCUCGCAUUAAACUACAGCAGACGCAUAAGCCACGUAACAGUAUAUCUGAAGCGUGCGACUGUUCUUUGUUCUGCUGUUGACUUCCUUGUCCUCAAUGUACGGCUAGAUGGCGCCAUUGCUCCAUGCUGCACCACAUAAAUUCAACAACUUGACCCCAGUGACGUCAAGACGGUCUGGCGCAUCAAGGCCACUUUCAAAACCCUAUUGGUCUGAAAAUCACAUGACAAAGCGCCUUGAAUCCAUAAUUAUGUUGCUGAUAUUUUUCGCCCCCCCAAAAGAUGUCAGCGUCCUACUGUCCUUAUCCUCUUCGGCAUAAAGGAGAUUGUUUUGAAUCUAAAGAAAACAAGUAGCAAAAUGUCAUGCCCGAACAACGUGGCAGCCAAUGCAUUCCUGAUGGACUCGCUGGUGGGAGGAACAUCUCCUUUCAGAGGUGAGAGCUAUUCCUCUAACUCUGGAAUGUAUAUGCAAACGUCUGCAGAAUAUGGUUGCUCCAUGAUGGGUAGUUUUGGCAUUGUUGGCACCCCUCUCUCCAAACGGGAUGACCUGCAACCGAGUGGGAUGCAUCUCGGCAGCUACCAGCACUCACAUUACCUGUCGCAGCGGGACACUUGGAUCGCAGGCUCUAAAACUUACAGAGGCUCGCAACCUGUUGCCCAGCCUUUACACCCAUGCUCGUUUCCAGCUAGCAAUGUAAAAGAGGAAGCGAUUCCUUGUCUUUAUCAGCCUGAUAUCGACAGCGCCAAGGAGUCCGGCGAGAAAUCCACCUACAUCCGUCUGGGAGACAAUAACAGCCACCCGAAUCAAAGCGCCGUCUCCACCCCCGAUUAUUUCCGACGGAGCCAGGUGUACGCCAGUGAAAGGGGCCACCACGGAGAUGAGUUCGGCUCGGACUUUAAUCCAAUAGCCAGAAUAUCCACGCCUGUUGAGGCACUAGCGGCAGAGUCAUGUGUUAAAAGCAGCAAAGCAAGGCAGCACCCAGAAGACAAGGGAGGGAAUACGCAGGAAGACGACAUGGAUCAGAGACAGACUAGAAAAGAGGAGAGUGUGUCAAAAACAGACAGUUGUACUGAUGAUUCCGAAAGCGAAUUAAAAGAUGAGUCUAAAUUGGAAAAAGCAACGGGGAACUGGCUAAAAGCGAAAAGUGGUCGAAAGAAGAGAUGUCCUUACACAAAGCAUCAGACACUUGAGCUGGAGAAGGAGUUCUUGUUCAACAUGUACUUGACUCGAGAGCGCCGUCUGGAGAUCAGCAAGAGUAUCAACCUCACAGACAGACAGGUCAAGAUCUGGUUCCAAAACAGACGGAUGAAGCUAAAGAAGCUCAACAGAGAAAGUCGCGUCCGAGAGCUAACAGGCUAUAGCUUCAACUGAGAGCUUGAAAACAGACAAAAACGAAAUAAUAAAUUACACACUCUCUCUUUCCUCACGUCUAGCCACUAUAUAUUUUUAAUCACACCCCUCCCUCAUUUCUAUUUUGUUUUUCAACUCAACUUACAAUACAUUUCAAUACAGACUUACAAAUUUAUAAAAUAGCAAAGCAGUGGCCCAUGACUUUCAUUGCAAAGGGACUGGUACACCCUGCAAACGAUAUGGCAAAUAGUUUACAUCCAGGCCUAAUUUAUCACUGUUGAACAAACAAGAAUAAUAAUUGUAAAUAUGCCUAUAGCGAAAGAAAACGAUGCUUGGUGCACAUAUUCGUGGAAGAUUUGUAAUUUUAAAAGUCCUUUACUCAGAAUAUACGAACGAGAUGUCUAUUCGAUGUCUUAGGUUAGUUUGUUCGCUGUCAGUGCGCUUGUCAUACACAAUGCGCGCUCUGUAUUUUGCAUGCUCUGUUGUUGACGUGUAUUUGUCAAUUUGAUGUUUAACUCGAGAGGCUGAUAAAUAAAACAGGGGAUGGGAAAAUAUAA